AUAUGUGACUGAUAUAAAGGCAGAAGAUAUAGAGGGAGAAGAAGAGACGUAUGUGACUGAUAUAAAGGCAGAAGAUAUAGAGGGAGAAGAAGAGACGUAUGUGACUGAUAUAAUGGCAGAAGAUACAGAGGUAGAAGAAGAGAUGUAUGUGACUGAUAUAAAGGCAGAAGAUAUAGAGGGAGAAGAAGAGACGUAUGUGACUGAUAUAAAGGCAGAAGAUAUAGAGGGAGAAGAAGAGACGUAUGUGACUGAUAUAAAGGCAGAAGAUAUAGAGGGAGAAGAAGAGACGUAUGUGACUGAUAUAAAGGCAGAAGAUAUAGAUGGAGAAGAAGAGACGUAUGUGACUGAUAUGAAGGCAGAAGAUAUAGAGGGAGAAGAAGAGACGUAUGUGACUGAUAUAAAGGCAGAAGAUAUAGAGGGAGAAGAAGAGAUGUAUGUGAGGGGUGAUCAGCAGUGUAAGGAGGAGGAGAUCCCUACAGAUAUCAGCACAGCAGAUGGACACACAAGCUGGAAUAUCUCAGAAGGACAUCUAAUGUUAUCCCCGGAUUGUGACAUAAAUGAUGACAGUAGACAGGAUUCUCCAGGAACUAAUCUCAUUAUCCCAAUUAUACAUCCAGCUCUAUCAGCUGGUCCCUCUGAUCCUGGGAAAUGUUCUCCUGAUCACUCCGAUAUUGGUGCAUCUGUUAGAGCUCUGAGAGUAGAUACAGUGUUUCCCUGUUCUAUAGAUGCCAAAUGUUUUACACAGAACACAAACCUUAUUACUCAUCAGCCAGCUAAGGCAGGUGACAGGCCAUUUUCUUGCUCUGAAUGUGGGAAAUGUUUUACAUAUAAAUCAAAUCUUGUUACACAUCAGAGAAGUCACACAGGUGAGAAGCCAUUUCCAUGUUCUGUGUGUGUGAAAUGUUUUACACACAAAUCAGCUCUUGUUGUACAUAAGAGAAUUCACACAGGUGAGAAGCCAUAUUCCUGUUCUGAGUGUGGGAAAUGUUUCUCACAGACAUCAGCUCUUGUUGCACAUCAGAGAAGUCACACAGGUGAGAAGCCAUUUUCCUGCUCUGAGUGUGGGAAAUGUUUUGCAAAGAGAUCACAUUUUGUUACUCAUCAGCAUGCUCACACAGGUGAGAGGCCAUUUUCCUGUUCUGAGUGUGGGAAAUGUUUCGCACAUAAAUCAGCUCUUGUUACACAUCAGAGAAGUCACACAGGUGAGAGGCCAUUUUCCUGUUCUGAGUGUGGGAAAUGUUUCGCACAUAAAUCAGUUCUUGUUACACAUCAGAGAAGUCACACAGGUGUGAAGCCAUUUUCCUGCUCUGAGUGUGGGAAAUGUUUUGCACAGAGAUCACAUUUUGUUACUCAUCAGCAUGCUCACACAGGUGAGAGGCCAUUUUCCUGUUCUGAGUGUGAGAAAUGUUUCGCAUAUAAAUCAGCUCUUGUUAGACAUCAGAGAAGUCACAUAGGUGAGAAGCCAUUUCCAUGUUCUGAGUGUGGGAAAUGUUUUUCAUCGAAAUCACAUCUUGUUACACAUCAGAGAAGUCACACACGUGAGAAGCCGUAUUCCUGUUCUGUGUGUGGGAAAUGUUUCUCACAGACAUCAGCUCUUGUUACACAUCAGAGAAGUCACACAGGUGAGAAGCCAUAUUCCUGCUCUGAGUGUGGGAAAUGUUUUGCACAGAGAUCACAUUUUGUUACUCAUCAGCAUGCUCACACAGGUGAGAGGCCAUUUUCCUGUUCUGAGUGUGGGAAAUAUUUCGCACAUAAAUCCGCUCUUGUUACACAUCAGAGAAGUCACACAGGUGAGAAGCCAUUUCCAUGUUCUGAGUGUGGGAAAUGUUUCUCACAUAAAUCAGCUCUUGUUACACAUCAGAGAAGUCACACAGGUGAGAAGCCAUAUUCCUGUUCUGAGUGUGGGAAAUGUUUCUCACAGACAUCAGCUCUUGUUACACAUCAGAGAAGUCACACAGGUGAGAAGCCAUUUUCCUGCUCUGAGUGUGGGAAAUGUUUUGCACAGAGAUCACAUUUUGUUACUCAUCAGCAUGCUCACACAGGUGAGAGGCCAUUUUCCUGUUCUGAGUGUGAGAAAUGUUUCGCAUAUAAAUCAGCUCUUGUUACACAUCAGAGAAGUCACACAGGUGAGAAGCCAUUUCCAUGUUCUGAGUGUGGGAAAUGUUUUUCAUCGAAAUCACAUCUUGUUACACAUCAGAGGAGUCACACAGGUGAGAAGCCAUUUUCAUGCCGUGAGAGAAAUAAAUCCGCUCUUGUUGAACAUAUUAGACAUUACCCAAGUACGGAACUAUUUAAAUCUUCUGUAGUAUAAUUAUCACUGUCAUGCAAUGUUCCUCAAGGGUCAAUCCUAUCUCCUAAGCUUUAUAAAAUAUAAAUGCUACCACUGGGUGAUAUAAUCAGACGUCAUAGCCUGGUCUACCACUGCUAUGCUGAUUACCUGCUUUUUGCUCCAUGUACUGAGAACCUAAUACCAAUCCUAAAUGGUUGUCUAGCUGAGCGCCAGGGGUGGAUGAUGCCAGUUGGCUGUGAUUCAGUCUUUGUGAAACUGUUAGGGUCUCCUGCCCUGUGCUGCCACGUCGUCAUGGCAACCGGGAGACGAGUGCUAGCGGAAUAACCUGAGCGCAGCUGAUACUCCAGUUCGGGUCUUUUGCUGUGCAGUGGUUACAGGCAGGGGAUCCGGUGCUGGUUUUUGUGCUCACAGUCUGUGAGGUCUGAGUGGGGCGUGGCCAGCACCUGCUUUAUAAGGCCUCUUCUCAGAUUAAGCAGAUGCUGCUGAAUCUUUGUUGGUUAGUCAGUUCCUGAAAAUUAGCCAGUACUGUGUAGCUUUGUAUUUGUUAUUGCUUACUGCAAAUAGGCCUGGAGAUUUGGUACUACACUCUGCCAAUCCAGACCUAGCAGUAAGACUGGAGUCAGUCGUUUAGCCUGCUAAAGUUCUUUUGUUAUUCUGAGAACCCAGCAGGUUUGUGACUGUACUUUCAGACCUGCAUGCUUAAUCCUCUCUCACUGUGCAGGGCGUCCAUGUGUCAGUUUAGUGGCAGGAAGCUGAACCUGUGCCCUGCAAGUGAGAAAUAGGAUUGUGGAGACUCUCCUUGUGUCUACUAUUCCAUCUCUGACCAAGGAGUUUGCUGCCACACCCGUUGGUAACCCUUUAGGGUUUUGCUGUUGCCCUUAGCAACAGCAUUUCGGGUUCUCUACGUAUUAAAACACAACAUCUUGCCUUUUCCAUCUGAGCAUUUGUAAUACUAGGGAGACACCCAGUUUCUUAGCCUCUGGGCUUAUCUGUUCACUUUGUGUUGGUUUUGUUACCCUAUCACUUUCUGUGUAUGUGAUGUCAUAUUUCCCAGUCUGUCUGUUAGUUCAUUUGUUUUGCAUCCCUCUCUGUUCAGACACCAGUACAUUCCUGCAGGCACUGGUGUGCAUAACAUAUUCAGCAGCCCAA